AUGUCUGUAGACGCUGCUAUUGAUAAGCUCAAGAACUGGCAAUCGGUGAAUAGUGCUCCUGAUUAUAAGAUGAGGGUCCGAGAGUUAGAUGACGAUGAAGACCGUGACGUACCUCAACAACGUUAUUGCUUUGAGUUAUCGAUUCCUAUGAAGGAGAAUGGUAAGAAGAUCCGCCAACAACAGUACGACUAUUCUGGUGCUAUGAUUGGUAAGCUGAAACCUGAAGAACGGGAAAACUAUAAGAAUGAGAUUGAUGGCUAUAUAAGGGCUGGUUAUUGGCAGGAUCUGGAAGUAUCCCCAUUGCCUCGACGUUAUAACUGUGCAAUCUCUGAUCUUCUUCCAGUGGUAGUGUUCCCCGUCAAGCAAGAGGGGCGACAUACUCGUAUUCGCCCCUGUGCAGAUGCACGGGGGGCCAAUGAGCAAUCCCCCCGUGCUUCUUAUCGUGGUGGUUGUAUAUCCUCUAUCCUUCAGCAUAUUAUGAUUGGCUGGCGUGAAGGUUUCUGCGUGCAUACCCGAGAUGUGAAGAAGGCCUUCUAUAAA